CGGUCUCUCUCUCUCUCUCUCUCUCUCUCUAUGUGUGACUUCAGGAAAAUGGCAGAGGCCAGUAUUUCAGUAGAUCAGGACCAGUUCAUCUGUCCAGUGUGUCUGGAUCUCCUGAAGGAUCCGGUGACUCUCCCCUGUGGUCACAGUUUCUGUAAGGUGUGUAUUAAUGGCUGCUGGGAUCAGGAGGAUCAGAAGGGCGUCUACAGCUGUCCUCAGUGCAGAGACACUUUCACUCCAAGGCCUGUUCUACGCAGAAACAACAUGCUGGCUGAAGUGGUGGAGAAACUGAAGAAGAAGACUGAAGUCCAAGCUGCUUCUCCUGCUCACUGGUACGCUGGACCUGGAGAUGUGGAGUGUGAUUUCUGCACCGGGAGAAAACACAAAGCCGUCAAGUCCUGUCUGACGUGUCUGGCUUCUUACUGUGAAACUCAUAUUACUCCUCACUAUGAGUCUCCUGCAUUUAAGACACAUAAAUUAACAGAAGCUUCAUUAAAACUACGAGAGAAGAUCUGCUCUGAACAUGAUGAAGUGCUGAAGAUCUACUGCCGUACUGAUCAAACCUGUAUUUGCUCCUUGUGCAUGUUGGAUAAACAUAAAGGCCAUGACGCUGUAACAGUUUCAGCAGAAAGAGCUGAGAAACAGAGUGAGUUAAAGGAGAAGCAGAUGAAAUCCCAGCAGAGAAUCCAGGAGAAGCAGAAGAAGGUGCAGGAGCUGAAACAGGCUGUGAACACUAUAAAGCUGAGUGCACAGACAGCAGUGGAGGACAGUGAGAGGAUCUUUACUGAGCUGAUCAGCUCCAUGGAGAAAAAGCGCUCGGAGGUGACGGAGCUGAUCAGAGCUCAGGAGAAGACUGAACUGAGUCGAGCUGAACGACUCCUGGAGCAACUGGAGCAGGAGAUUGCUGAUCUUCAGGGGAGACUCACUGAGCUGGAGCAGCUUUUACACACACACGAUCACAUCCAGUUCCUCCAGACUUUAGCUUCUGGACGUCAGUCUCCUAUAAUGGAUAAACCAAACUUUCAGACAUCCAGCGUCAGUGUCCAUCAACAUCUCUCAUUUGAUGGAGUGAGGAAUUCUCUCUCAGGUCUGAAGAAGAGACUCGAGGAAUUCUGUGAGGAGGAAUUCAACAAAAUCCCUCCACAUGAUUUCUGUUAUCUGACUCUGGAUCCCAACACGACACAUCGUAACCUCAUUCUGUCUGAGAAGAACAGAGCGGUGAGAUACAGUAAGAGAGAGCAGCAGUCCUCUGAUCAUUCAGAGAGAUUUGACUCCUGGCAUCAGGUGUUGUGUAAGGAGAGUGUGUGUGGACGCUGUUACUGGGAGGUGGAGUGGAGCGGUGGUGGUGCGUACAUAUCAGUCUCAUAUAAAGACAUCAGCAGGAAAGGACAGGGUGAUGAGUGUGGGUUUGGACGCAACAAUCAGUCCUGGAGUCUGCGGUGUUGUUCUUCUUCUUCUCUCUGUUUCUAUCACAACAACAUUGAGACUGAUCUCAGAGCUCCAUCAUCCUCCAGAAUAGGAGUGUAUGUGGAUCACAGUGCAGGAACUCUGUCCUUCUACAGCGUCUCUGACACGAUGAAGCUCCUCCACAGAGUCCACACCACAUUCACUCAGCCUCUGUAUGCUGGGUUUGGGCCGAACUGGUGGUCUGGCUCUACUGUGAGAUUGUGUGAUCCAGAAUAAAGUGUGUAGUGUUUUGUGUAAAAUUCCUGCACAUUGUCACAUUGUUGCUCAGUCAUCUGUCUCACUAACACACAAUCCAGCUGCACAAACAGCUCAGUAAUUUAACACAGGGACAAUUAAAGAGUAAAUAUUAACACUGAAUAUAGUUUAAUAAAAAUAAACAGAUGUAUUAUUAAAUGUAUUAAAUGUAUUAUUAUAAAGUUGUAUCUGUGUGAAGAGCCGUGGUGAGAUUCGGCACAUCAGACGUCACUUUAGAAUAACUUUAUAUUUACAUUAUUGAAAGUAGAUGUUUAAAACUGACCACACACACGCGUGCGCGCUCGCACAAAUAUAUUUCAGCAAAGACUUUUUGUUUUAACCUGCUAAAAAAAAAAAUAAUAUCUGAAGUAAAUUUUUGUAAUGCAGUGAAUUUUUAAAUCUUCUAAAUAAAUAUCUUUAUACUGUAUGUGUGUAACACCGUGUAAACACAGACUUGUAUUAUUAUGGGUCACUCAUGAGAUAGUUAUCUGUGUUUCGAGUAACAUGCUUGAGAGAAAAUAUUGAAACACAAACACUCAGAGUUAAACUUUAAAACGUAUUUAAGACACUUUUACAGUGAUGUUAGUUAAUUUCUAAUCGCAGUGAGGAGAAAUGUGAUUUAUAUCAACCUGAUAAAAUGUAUUUAAUUUUACUAAGAGACACUCAGAGCCUGUAACGUCAAAAUAUUAAUGAAAGCAUUAAAAAAUAAAAUGGAAACACAUUUCCAAUAAUAAAACACUACCACAAAAACAUCUGAUGACAUUCACAUCUCCAGAAAGAAUUUUAUGUCUCUUGCUUUUUACA